AUGUCACCGUCGGAAGCUCCGAGUAGCUCUCGGCGCUUCUUGCGCCCAAAGCUGCGACAAGCAACAUUUGUCCUCCCACGAACCGGUCAACGUCUGAAAGGCCUUGUGAGCUUGCGUAACACCACACAAACAACCGCGGCCCCCGAUGACGACAAUGACCGCGAGGAACGACGCGGGCUGCUUACCGGCGAGAUCGAGCCACGCAAUGGUAUAAUUACUUGGUUAUGGACGCAAUUACGAGCCCUGUGGGCGUCGAUGCAUCGGUUCCUUGUAUCAGAGCCGGGUAUUGGGAUCUUGAAGUGCGGGUUAGCAUAUUUUCUGGGAUCGCUUGCGACUUUCAUUCCUGCCAUCUCCACUUUCCUUGGGCAUCAAGAUGGAAAGCAUAUGGUGGCUACGGUCACCGUGUACUUCCACCCCGCGAGAUCCCAGGGAAGCAUGUUUCGCGCCCUGAUCUGCGCGCUCCUGGCAUUCUGUUAUUCCUCCUUUCUCUCAAUCACGAGUAUGCUGGUUGAGAACUUGUUCCAAGAUACUCUGAACAUGCCUAUAGCUGGUCAUGCUUUGGUCCUCGUUGUUUUUUGCGGUGGUGGACUGGGUUUUGUGGGCUGGACCAAGCAGCGACUCGGUGAUCCCAUUGUCAACGUCGCCUGCUCGCUCACAGCCCUUUCGACAAUUACUAUUCUGACCAAAGAAGGUUCUGUUCAGAGCGGCGACCUUUCUUUGAGCAAGAUAUCUCAGGUCCUGAAGAUGGUCAUCAUGGGUGUGAUGAUCGCUAUGCUCGUGUCCUUUUUGAUCUUUCCCAUUUCCGCGCGGAGGAAACUUCGUGCGAACUUGGUCACGGCCACAGACACAUUGGCCGUUAUGUUGGCCAUUAUCACUGAAAGCUUCCUGAGCGGGACUGAGGAAGAACUCAGAUCAUCUGAAUUCAAUGAAGCUGAGACUAAACACCGAAAGGCCUACAGCCAACUUGACAAGCUGGUCAAAGAGGCCAAGCUGGAGCAUUACGUCGCCGGCUCUGAACGGGAGUAUCGUUUGGAGAAGAAACUUGUUCGCUGGGUGCAGGACAUCACUCAUAAUAUGGGAGGGCUACGCAGUGCGGCCUCUCUGCAGUUCAGUCUUAUUCGAGAAACAAUUGCUCGCGAGUCUGGCUCUUCGGAAGGGGCAGAGGCUACUCAAAUCGAAUAUUUUGCAAGUCUCGAGCGAUCCUGGUCGUAUCAUGAUGGGUCCUUUUUGGAACCAAUUGAUGAACGGCCCGAGGAAGAACUGUCUCCAGAAGGCAGUUCCACUCCAGUGCCAGAUGACGAUACAGAUUCAAACCAUAACACGUCUGCCCUUCCCGCUGACGUCUUUACAAUAUUUAUCUCUCAUCUGGGCCCGUCUAUGAGAUCUUUAGCCUUCACAUUGAAGGAGAUAUUCAGAGAGAUCCCAUUUGGCCCUGCUCCAGACUAUAAGGUGUCAAUUGAUGGUCGACUGAGAACGAGUCUUGAUCGUGCCCUUGAGCUUUACCGGGAGUCACGGGGAAAGACUCUCAAGUCUCUUUACCAGCAGACAGAAGCAAUGAAAUUCAAAAACCAGGAAGCUGAAGCGGAUCUUGAAGAAGUAUCUGCCAGCUGUGGCCAUUUCAGUUUUUCUCUCAUGGAAGUUGGAGAACAGCUCCACGAGUUAUUGGGUAUUCUCGAUGAGCUGCAGCUUGAAACCGAGGAACGACCUGGCGGUCGAUCCUACAAUUGGAUGAAGUUCUGGCAGAACAACAAAAAAGGAAUUGUUGAAUCUGAUUCUCUCUUUGUAGGCCCUGUGAAUGAUCGGCAGCGACAGUCGUCAGGCCCAUUCAGUUUCGACGACAGGGUCUCAGCUGCCGUUCGAGGUCGUCUGCGCCCACCUUCAGAUAACAGCAUGAAACAAAGACUAGGCUACCGUCUUUGGAAAUAUCUGAAGGUUUUCCGUCGGGACGAUACUAAAUACGCGAUCAAGGUUGGAGCAGGAGCUGCGCUUUACGCUCUGCCUGCUUUUCUACCUUCCACUCGCCCCUUUUAUCAGCACUGGAGAGGUGAGUGGGGAUUGCUGUCGUACAUGCUGGUUUGCUCAAUGACGAUUGGGGCUUCGAAUACCACGGGGUAUGCUCGAUUCCUCGGUACUUGUCUUGGGGCCCUUUGUGCAAUUUUGGCCUGGUAUGUCACGAAUGGGGAUGUCUUCGGUCUUGCAUUUUUGGGUUGGUUGAUGGCUACCUGGACGGCAUGGAUUACAAUUGUCAAGGGCAAUGGGCCUAUGGGUCGAUUCAUUAUGCUUACGUACAACCUGUCCGUACUUUACGCCUACUCACUCGCCCAAAAAGAAGCGGAUGGUGACCAGGACGAAGGUGGCCAGGAUCCGAUUAUCUCUGAGAUCGCACUUCACAGAGUCGUUGCGGUGCUUUCGGGCUGCGUCUGGGGUAUCGUCAUCACACGCUUUCUCUGGCCGAUCAGCGCACGAGAACGACUCAAGGAUGGCCUCAGUAUCCUCUGGCUUCGGAUGGGUCUUGUGUGGAAGCGCGAUCCGUUGUCUUCCAUGGCAAAGACUGGCCGCUCCGUCGUGUGCAUGACUGCUCGAGAGAAGCUCGAACUCGAGCGGUACCUAACCAGUCUAGAAUCGCUUCUGGUCGCUGCAAGCUCCGAAUUUGAACUGCGGAUGGCAUUUUCAGAGGAUAUUUACACUACUAUCAUUCGGCGCACGCGAGACAUGGUGAAUGCGUUCCAUGCGAUGAAUCUAGAGCUCAUGAAGAGCGAAACCGCCACCGAGGGUGAAAUUACCCUCCUUCGUUACACUGCUGCAGAACGACGACAGCUUUCUGCUCGUAUCAGCCAUCUGCUGACCGUGAUGGCAUCGUCCAUGAAACUCGAAUAUCCAUUGAGCGAUGUGCUCCCCAGCAUCGAUCACGCUCGCGACAGGCUUCUAGCUUGCAUCUAUCGCUAUCGCCAGGAUCAUGAGGCAUCGCAUCUGACGACUGAUGAAGACAGCGCGUUACUGUAUGCAUAUAUUCCUCUCAUCUGCCGCCCUUCGGCCACGCCUCGCGCUCCUAGUCCAGCCAUGCAGAUCGAUCCGGCCGCCCUGAGUCGGACUGACUCGGCCUCAAAUCCGGCGAAGGGUGCGGCGCCUAAUGCUUCGGCAUCACAAAAGUCAUCAAGAGCUCUGAUUUCGGUUCCGCGACUCGAUCUGGAGCAUGCCUACACUGACCUGAAGGCCGCCAUCGGAGACAAGUGGGCCGAGUACAAGGAGGCUACAGCCUUUUUCUUACUAGGACACUACAACCAGAACGAGUACGCGUCGCGAGUCGACCACGUAAUAUGCGCCGAUCCUAAAACUGAACAUCUCCAUAAUAACUUUGUCUGCGCGAUCAUCGGAAACCUCACUCGAGACCUUCCGGAUCAUGGUGUCGCAAACUGGGUAUCGGCGAACGAUAAGCCUUCAAUGGUGUCGAAGCCGAUUUCGGGCGAUGCCGCGGAGCAGAGACUGAAAACGGAGGUGAUGCAGCUGCCUCCGAGGGACCGUAGGCGAAUCAAGGGGAUUCCAGAGCGCGAUCCCAAUGACGCGACACCCACCGAACUGGAGGAGUACCACCUUGCCAAGCAGAUCAAGCUUCCAAGCCAGGUCCCGGCAAGCGCAGGUGGAUUAAAUAAGACCAACUGGGAAUUGGAAAUUCGAAAACGAUAUGCGCAGCCCCUCGCCGCAGAGACGGGCGAGUUCCCGGACGCCGAAUCUAUUCAUGCUCGCAUGGUCCCUAUGUGUUACGAAGAAUCUCUGCCUAGUGGCGCCGGUCUGCCGUGCGCCGAGUUUAUGGCAAUUGCAACAGAAACAUUUGUGAAGGAGGUAUUGUCCUCGGUGUUCUCACGCACCAGAUCCAAUGGCCCGUCAGGCACGAUCAACGGAAUGAUGAUGCGGAAAUACCGAGAACAACUUGAACGAGAAGAGCUUGCAUACACCCGCGGCGAGAUCGCAAAGGAUACCGCAACUGGUUUGCUCCCUGUCGAGGCCAGAGAGGCCAGUGUUCGAAGACCGCUCGGGGUCAGGGAUCUACGACUUACCCUGGAGCUCAGUGGCAGUGUCCUCGGUCAUAUGCCCUUGAUCAUAGACCAGAUCGCGGGUGGAUACUUUGAAGAUGAACUUGAAACAGAAAAGCAAGAUCGACUGGAGAACGGCGUUAGCGAACCACAUGAGAUCAAGAUCGCCGAAGACGAAAUGGACCUGGACGAGAUCGAUGAUUCUCUGUCAGAUUGGGAAGGAGGUGGGAUUGCUGAUCGUGAACAGUUGAGUUCUCUACUCGACGAGUGUCUGUCGAUGGCUGCGUGA